GAAGGAGAGAGUCUCCUCCAGUCCUUGCGCCGGGACCGCACCGAGCAGCUGCAGGCUCACGCUCCCGGGUCUCGGCAGAUUCCUGCGCUGUCGCUAUGGCACCUCCGUCGAUCUUCGCCGAGGUUCCGCAGGCCCCCCCAGUUCUGGUCUUUAAGCUCACUGCUGACUUCCGGGAGGAUCCAGAUCCCCGCAAGGUUAACCUUGGAGUGGGAGCGUAUCGCACAGAUGAUUGCCAACCCUGGGUUUUGCCAGUAGUCAGGAAGGUGGAGCAGAAGAUUGCUAAUGACAACAGCCUCAACCAUGAGUACCUGCCCAUCCUGGGCCUGGCGGAGUUCCGGAGCUCUGCUUCUCGCCUCGCCCUUGGGGAUGACAGCCCAGCUCUCAAGGAGAAUCGGGUUGGAGGUGUGCAGUGUUUGGGAGGAACAGGUGCACUUCGGAUUGGAGCUGACUUCCUAGGGCGAUGGUACAAUGGCACAGACAACAAGAACACACCCAUCUACGUAUCCUCGCCAACCUGGGAGAACCAUAAUGCUGUGUUUUCUGCUGCUGGCUUUAAAGACAUUCGGACCUAUCAUUACUGGGAUGCAGAGAAGAGAGGCCUUGACCUCCAGGGUUUCCUGAAUGAUCUGGAGAAUGCUCCCGAGUUCUCCAUCUUUGUCCUCCACGCCUGUGCACACAACCCAACUGGGACUGACCCGACCCCAGAACAGUGGAAGAAGAUUGCUGCUGUCAUGAAGCGCCGUUUUCUGUUCCCCUUCUUUGACUCAGCCUAUCAGGGCUUUGCAUCUGGAGACCUAGAGAAAGAUGCGUGGGCUAUUCGCUAUUUUGUGUCUGAAGGCUUCGAGCUCUUCUGUGCCCAGUCCUUCUCCAAGAACUUCGGGCUCUACAAUGAGCGAGUGGGGAAUCUGACUGUGGUUGGUAAAGAAUCCGACAGCAUCAAGCGAGUCCUUUCCCAGAUGGAGAAGAUUGUGCGAGUUACUUGGUCCAAUCCCCCCGCCCAGGGAGCACGAAUCGUGGCCUCUACUCUCUCCAACCCUGAGCUCUUUAAGGAAUGGACAGGUAAUGUGAAGACAAUGGCUGACCGGAUUCUGACAAUGAGGUCUGAACUCAGGGCACGGUUAGAAGCCCUCAAGACUCCUGGAACCUGGUCUCACAUCACUGAGCAGAUUGGCAUGUUUAGCUUUACUGGGUUGAACCCUAAGCAGGUUGAGUAUCUCAUCAAUGAAAAGCACAUCUAUCUGCUGCCAAGCGGUCGGAUCAACAUGUGUGGCCUAACCACCAAAAACCUGGAUUACGUGGCUACCUCCAUCCAUGAAGCAGUCACCAAAAUCCAGUGAGGAAACAUGGUCCAGUCCACACCACCAAAGCGGUUCUGUCACGACUUCCCUGCCUGCACAAACCUAGUUGUACAUAUCCCAGAUUAGAGGUGGCCAUGGUGAUGCGGCCACUGUUUUAAGCUAGACCUGUAUGAAGAAGCCAUUUCUUGAAAUGAACCAGGGGCCUGGGAUUAAAGCCUUUUGGGAGCCAGAGCAAAUUAGUUUUUAUUUAAGAAUAAAAAGUACUUUGAUAUGGAAUGUAGGUAUCUUACCUUCCUCCCUAGACUUCUGUGGGAGCACUGCCCACAUAGCCUUGUGCUUCUGUGAAUUGCUUGACUCUGUGCAAAGUCCAGUCCCAAAGAUCAAGUUGUCCGAGGAGCCAGGUGUGACUGUGGGUGUUGCCUGGGGCAUUAAAACUCAUCAUCAACAUCCAGAGUCUCUUGUCUACCUGAUCUUUCUGCAUGGUUGUCUCUUGUCUGAAACUCUAGAUUUUCAAGGCAACUGUGGCUAGAAAUAAAUGAAUCAUGACACAAAUGGAUACACAUAUUUAAUUUGAAACAAAAGUUUCACACAAUGGUAUUUGUGCUUGCACUGCUGCAGUACAUUGUGAUGUUUUCUUAAGUCUAUUCUGUGUGUUCUGUUUCACUUAAAAAAUAAAGAUGCUGAUCAAUUGA